ACGUUAGAGGGCCAUGGCGACUCGGUCUGGUCGGUCGCGUUCUCGCCGGACGGCCAGCGCGUGGUAUCGGGCUCGCUCGACAAGACCGUCAAGAUCUGGGAUACGGUAUCGGGAACCUACACACAGACGUUAGAGGGCCAUGGCGACUGGGUCCAGUCGGUCGCGUUCUCGCCGGACGGCCAGCGCGUGGCAUCGGGCUCGCUCGACAUGACCAUCAAGAUCUGGGAUACGGCAUCGGGAACCUGCACACAGACGUUAGAGGGCCAUGGCGACUCGGUCCAGUCGGUCGCGUUCUCGCCGGACGGCCAGCGCGUGGCAUCGGGCUCGGUCGACAAGACCAUCAAGAUCUGGGAUACGGCAUCGGGAACCUGCACACAGACGUUAGAGGGCCAUGGCGACUGGGUCCAGUCGGUCGCGUUCUCGCCGGACGGCCAGCGCGUGGCAUCGGGCUCGCACGACAUGACCGUCAAGAUCUGGGAUACGGCAUCGGGAACCUGCACACAGACGUUAGAGGGCCAUGGCGACUCGGUCUGGUCGGUCGCGUUCUCGCCGGACGGCCAGCGCGUGGCAUCGGGCUCGCUCGACAUGACCAUCAAGAUCUGGGAUACGGCAUCGGGAACCUGCACACAGACGUUAGAGGGCCAUGGCGACUGGGUCCAGUCGGUCGCGUUCUCGCCGGACGGCCAGCGCGUGGCAUCGGGCUCGCACGACAAGACCGUCCAGUCGGUCGCAUUCUCGCCGGACGGCCAGCGCAUGGCAUCGGGCUCGCACGACAUGACCAUCAAGAUCUGGGAUACGGCAUCGGGAACCUGCACACAGACGUUAGAGGGCCAUAGCGACUCGGUCUGGUCGGUCGCGUUCUCGCCGGACGGCCAGCGCGUGGCAUCGGGCUCGCUCGACAAGACCAUCAAGAUCUGGGAUACGGUAUCGGGAACCUACAUAUAG